AUGGUUGUGGGGGGUUUUAGGGUGAAGGGGAGGUUGAUAGGUGGGGGAGGGGGGAAGGGGGGAGGAGAGGAGUAUAGGGGGUGUAGUUGUGUGAAGUGGGGGGGGGUAAGGGUGGGGGGUUUGGGAAUAGGGGGUGGGUUUUUGAUUGAGGGUGUGGGGGGGUUUGUGAAGGUGGGUGUUGGUGGUUUGGGUGUGUGUGUGGGUGUGGGUGUUUGUGGGUGUGGGGGGUUUUGUUGGGUGUGUGUUUUGUGUGUGUGGGGUGGUGUGGUGGGUGUUGUGUGUGGGGGGGGUUGUGUGGGGUGUGUUGUGGUGUGGUGUGGGGUGUUGGUGGUGUGUGGUGGGUGUGGUGUGGUGUGUGGUGUGGGGGGGGGUGUGGAGGUGUGUUGUGUGGUGGGUGUUGUGUGGGUGGGGUGUGUGUGUGGGUGUGUGGUGUUUGGGUUUGUUGGGUGUGGGUUGGGGUGUGUGGGGUGUUGUGUGGGGGGUGUUGGGGGGUGUGUUGGGUAUGUAGAGGGGGGGGGUGAUGUGUUUGGGGGUGAGGUGUGGUGUGGGGGUGUAUGGUGUAGGAGGGGGAAGAGGGGAGGUGGAGGGUUGAAGGUGGGGGGGAGUGGAGGGGGGUGGGUGGGGGGAUAG